AAUGAUGCUAAGAAAUCUUUGGAGAUCCCCUGUCUAUUCUUUUUCAUAUUAUGCUAACUUAGAUCUUAGUUGUCCUUAUCCAUCUUUCCAAGUAAAUUAAUAUAAGUACAAAUCAUAGGCUAGAGACCUUACAACUACUCAUACUAUGCAUUAUAUUACUAAACCUCCUUGUGAUCCUAAAAUCAUGACUUUUGGAGCUUUUCAUACAGAUCAUUUAUUGGAGAUAGAUUGGUCUGAAAAAAUGGGGUAGAUAAUUGUAUAAAUUAUUCAUAUAGAUGGAGCCGACCCCAAAUUGUUCCAUUCAAAAGUUUUAGUAUUCAUCCAUUUUCAGCUUGUUUACAUUAUGCAAUUGAGUGUUUUGAAGGUGCCAAAGUAAUUGAAUAAAUAAAUAUUUUUAAAGGCUUAUAGAGGACCUAAUAAUUCAAUUAGAACAUUUAGAUUGAAUUGUAAUAUGUAUAGAAUGAAACAAUCUGCUAAGAGAUUAUCUUUACCAGAUUUUGAUGGUACAGAAUUAGAAAGAUGCAUUGAAUAACUAUUAAAAGUGGAUAGAGAUUGGAUACCGGAUAGACCUGGAUUUAGUUGUUAUAUUAGACCAACAUUGAUGGCAACAGAAGAAGCAUUGGGAGUUAGAGCAUCAAGUAGAGCAAAAUUAUUUGUUGCAUUAUGUCCUGUUGGUCCUUAUUUCCCAUCUGGUUUAAAACCUGUUAGAGUAUUUUGUAAUACAUCAACAGUAAAAAUAUAUUUCUAAAAUUAGAUUCGAUCUGCUCCUGGAGGUGUAGGAGGAUUCAAAGUAGCUGGUAAUUAUGCUCCAACAGUUUUACCUUUGAAAGAAGUCUAAAAAAUUGGAUUUCAUUAAAAUUUAUGGAUGUUGCCAGAUGGUUUGGUAUAAGAAAUGGGAGUCUGCAAUUUAUUCUUUUUUUGGAAAAAUAAAUAAGGAGAAAAAGAAUUAGUUACACCAAUUCUAGAUGGAACAAUUCUACCUGGAAUUUUGAGAGAUUCAAUUUUAGUAUAUUAUAUUGGUAUAUUAUUAUAUAGACACUUACAAGAAGUAUGGGAAAGUUUAAGGUUACAGAGAAGAAACUUUAUAUCUAGGAGGUUGUUGAAGCUAUUGAGGAAGGGAGAGUAUUAUUAUUAUAUAUAUGGUUUAGAUGAUUGAAAUGUUUGGAUCUGGUACAGCUGUUAGUAUUUAACCUAUUGAGGCUAUUGGUUAUAAUGACAAAAUAUAUGAAGUUCAAUAUGAUCCUAAAUUAAAUGCAGGAGAACUUUCACAUGAAUUAUUUGAUAUUUUAACAAAAAUUUAAGUAAGUUGAUUAUAAAUAUUAGACUGGUGGGGAAGAACAUAAAUGGGUUAGAUAAAUAUGAU